CAUUUAAGAAUCAACAAGGCUAUCACAAGCAUCAAAAAGAUAUUCAUACUUCUAAAAUUAACAACAAAAAUUCUAAAGAUGAAUUAGUUAAUAACUGUUUUCGUUAUCUUUGUCCUAACAAAACAUAUAAAAAUCAACAAGGAUUAAGCCAUUAUGAAACAAUCAUUUACUAUAAUUAUAAUAUACCACCAAAACAUAUAACUCAAUUACUACAAGAAGCUUUAGAUGAAUUCAAAAAUAUAUUAAUCUAUACUAUUCAAAAACAAUUAAAAAAUAACAUAAAGAAUGUAGAAUUACAAUCUGUAAAAUUUCCAUGUUUGGAAAGUCAAUUUGUUGAAAUUUUUGGUAACUAUCUUACAAGAUAUUCUUCAAGUUAA